CACACACACACACACACACACACACACACACACACACACACACACACACACACACACACACACACACACACACACACACACACACACACACACGCACGCCUCUGCAACAUCUGCCACGUCGCCUCUGAUAGAGACAGGCGCGUCCAGCUCAUCUCCCUCCCCGGCGGCGUCUCCUUCGGACGGAAGGUUUGGUCCUCACUGAGCCUUUUCCUCAUUUUCAGCGUCUGAAUCUGGACUUUGGGAAGAAGCUUCCAAAAAGUGCGAGUUUGAGCUCAGCGUGAACGGGCGCUGCGGUGUCCCGCACCAUCUGCGUGGAAACUUAAAGGGAUGCUGCGCGCUGAGGGGCGCAAUCUUUGGAGCGAGCUGAAGCAGAUGGACACAAAGCCGACAGCGCACUUGAGACCCGUUUUCUUUCCUCUCACAUCCUGUGACAAAAGCCACUCCUCUGCACACGGCGAAGGGCAGGCUCCUCCAGCUGAGUAGCAGGGAUGUACCAGGAGGUGGCCUUCCUGGCAGGAAGCACUGACCACCAGUUCACCCCCUUCCACUUCAACCGCAUAGAGAAUCCACGAGAAGUCACAUCUAAGAAGGGAGUGUUCUACAAGCGAGCCCAGAUCCUGCUCCAACCUCAGCAUCACCAGCAAGAUGUAGAUGACUCAGGUCUGGUGGACAAGGCAGCCAUUAUCAAUGUGGGGGGGAUUAAGUACCACAUUCCCUGGUCCACUCUGGACGAGUUCCCCCUGACACGACUGGGCAAGCUGCGCAGCUGCAGCAACGAAGAGGAGAUCAUGGACGUGUGCGAUGACUAUGACGGCAGCCGAAAUGAGUAUUUUUUCGACCGAAACCCGUCUGCUUUUCGCAUCAUUGUGACUUUCUUGGCUGCGGGGAAGCUGAGGCUUCUGAGGGAGAUGUGUGCUUUGUCCUUCCAGGAGGAGCUGCUGUACUGGGGGCUAGAGGAGAACAACCUGGAGUGGUGCUGCCUCAGGAAGCUGCGCCUCAGGCAAGAAGAGUACAAGGAGCAGCAGAGGCUGGAAGAGGAGGAGGUAGAGCUGACAGCCCCACAGUCCUGCGAGGAAAGCCAGCAGCCUCCAGGAGGACACGAGGAGACCCUCAGAGGAAGCUGCAUGAGGAGGCUGAGGGACAUGGUGGAGAACCCACACUCGGGCCUACCUGGGAAAAUCUUUGCCUGCCUCUCGGUCUUAUUUGUAGCCAUCACCGCGGUGACGUUGUGUGUGAGCACGAUGCCUGAUCUCAGAGAGGAGGAGGAACGGGGCGACUGCUCCCAGAGAUGCAAGAACAUCUUUGUUCUGGAAACGGUCUGUGUGGCCUGGUUCUCCCUGGAGUUCCUCUUGCGCUUCAUUCAGACUCAGAGCAAGUGUAUGUUUCUGCGUACGCCUCUGAACGUCAUUGAUGUGGUGGCCAUCCUUCCAUACUACAUCACUCUCAUUGUGGACGCUCUCUCUGUUGGAGAGAAACCUGCAGGCUCAGGGAACAAGUACCUGGAGAAGGUGGGGCUUGUUCUCAGAGUCCUCCGAGCUCUUCGGAUCUUUUAUGUCAUGAGGCUGGCUCGCCACUCCUUGGGUUUGCAGACGCUCGGUCUGACAGUGAGGAGGUGCACACGCGAGUUUGGCCUGCUGCUCCUGUUCCUGUGCGUGGCCAUGGCUCUCUUCUCGCCACUGGUGUUCCUUGCUGAGAGCGAACUGGGUGCCAAGCAGGAAUUUACAAGCAUCCCCGGCAGCUACUGGUGGGCGGUCAUCUCCAUGACAACCGUUGGCUACGGCGACAUGGUCCCAAGAAGCAUCCCGGGCCAGGUGGUGGCACUCAGCAGCAUCCUGAGCGGCAUUCUCCUCAUGGCGUUUCCUGUCACAUCCAUCUUCCACACUUUCUCUCGCUCUUAUGUGGAACUGAAAGAGGAGCAGAGUCGGGCCCUGAGGCAGAAGACAGACUCUCAGGACAGCACCAAGUCACAGAACAGCGAGGACUCUCAGGAGACGGACAGCUAUCAUGGCAUCCCAGAGGCUACGGCGAUGGCGGUGCAGCGGCGGAAGUCUCUCGCUGCUCAAAGGGCUGCAGACAUCAGAGCAUCCAUGCAAACUUAGACACUGUGGGAGUCUGGGAUGCCCUUGCUGGGAAUUCAAACAUGUCAGUCUGCAGAAUUACGAGGCGAUGACGGGAUUUGUUGGUGUCUUUGCUUUGUUUGCGGCACACUCAGCACCAGAGAGUUUCACAAAACAAUCUAAAUUUUGUUUUUCACAUUUUCCAACAACGACAGUAAAACACAGACUCGUAAACACGUGAAAUACCACAAGACCGUCACAUUUGUAGUUCACAUCUGUUUAGACUGAUUUUAUUCUGUAUGUAGGACUGAAAUACCAGACUUUACCAAGCUGUCAAACAUGCAUUGUAGUAACUGUAAUUCUCUUCAUGAUGCGGUGUUUGGUCAAACCAAACACUGUAAUAAAGGUUACUCUUUAUUUUAUUAAACGUAUGCGUCCA